CCGCUGCCGUUUAAAGGGCAGCAGUCCGGUAGUGCUGAAUCAUCACGAACCAGUCGUCGUCCAGACCCGUACUACACGCGCUUCCGAGACCGGGUCUGGCGCUGGAACAGCCACGCCAACCGACCAACCGGCGAUUUCAUAACAACGCAGACAAAGGGGGCGUACGGCUGUCAAGCUUAAACAAGAAGCCAUGUGUCGGAAUUAGAAGACCGUGCGGGGAGUCCGAGUAGGCUCACCGUGCCGCUGGUAUGGCCGGGGAUCCCCUUGUAUUGUGGCUACUGACUGUCUAGAUAUUUAGAAAGCAAGAGGAGCUAGAUGAAAAACAAUAACGUAGAGACUAAUAACUUAGGACACCCUGGAUAACAACACCUCACCGUUAGCUUCCUCGACUGUCCUCUGCUCGGGGUGCUGAAGCGGCAGUGGCGGACACAGACUGGAGCCACUGACCGUCUGCUGCCUCUUCACAGGUCUGUUCAGAAGGGCAAGGCUCUUGUGGCAUGACGACGACUAACAAAGGAAAUAAAGCCUUGAAGGUGAAGCGUGAGCCGGGAGAGAAUGGCACCAGCCUCACAGACGAGGAGCUGGUGACCAUGUCAGUGCGGGAGCUGAACCAGCACCUCAGAGGGCUCACCAAAGAAGAGAUCCUGCAACUGAAACAACGGCGGCGCACCCUCAAGAACCGGGGCUACGCCGCCAGCUGCCGGGUGAAGCGGGUCACCCAGAAGGAGGAGCUGGAGAAGCAGAAGGCCCAGCUGCAGCAGGAGGUGGACAAACUGGCCAAUGAGAAUGCUUCGAUGCGCGUUGAGCUGGACGCUCUGAGGUCCAAGUACGAGGCAUUACAGACCUUCGCCAGGACCGUGGCACGGAGCCCCACUGUCGGGGUUGGGGUUAGGCCUGGAGGGGGAGGAGGAGGGGGAGGGGUGCCGUCAUCAGUCAUUGGUCCACUGAUACCAGGGAAGGUAGCAACAGCGACGAGUGUGAUCACAAUAGUGAAAUCAAAAACAGAUGCACGGUCUUGAGGGAGCGAACGAUAGAUGAGGGUGUGUUGGGGGUGGAGUCAUUCUUCUUCUCUGCUGGCCACCUCUCCUCCACCUGCACUGACUUCAAACAGCUGGGCAGCCUUGAUCAAACCGCCUCAGCAUGUUCCCAUCACCUGUCUCACAUCAGUGCAGGUGAAGGAAAGGAUGGAAGCAGAGGAAGAUCAUUGAGACUCUGAUGAUGCAAGCCCUUGGUCAGCGCAUGAUCAUUUAGCACAGGACAGAUACACAGGGUUCCUACAGUCACUGAAAGCCUGGAAAAGAAUUUGAGAUUAGUUUUAUUCCAGGCCAGGCAGGGGGAAAAAAGAUUUUAAAAAACGUAAAUGUCCAAAAUACUUUGGAAAAAUCAUGCAAUUUUGUUCAGUUGCCAUUUACGUCAGUCAAGUGUCAAGUUUUACCGCUGGUAGAUCUUCAUAUGCGUAAGUGCGUAAUAAUCCCAUUAAACGUUUGCACACUAGAUUUGAAGUUUGCCAGAACGUAGAUAUAGAACAUUUAAAUUUGCUACAGCAACACAAAUAUAUUCUAACACAUGUGUUAUACAUAUGUAAUAGAAUCAGGAGGACAGUAUUGAUGUGUUAGUUAUAGGAAAGUUGUUGGAUUAGAUUGUUUUGGGUCCCUGACUUCCAAAAGAAUAGAUUUCAUGUGACCUGCUGAUUUCAGUGGCUGCAGAGAAAUCCCAUCUUGCUCCACCUAGCCAAGAACCUUUUCAGAAAAGUACUAUAGAAAAAUAUAUAUUACACAAUGGUGGUACCUGUAUUUCUACUGUUUUGUACUUUGUUGUCAUUCACAUGAGGUCCAAAGUGUAUUCUCUGUGUGUCAAUUGUUAUAUAUCAGGAAUUCUGUGAUAUUCUGUGGCGCGUGUUCGUUUUGGUAUUGCUAUAUUUACUUAGCUGUAUUUUUUCUACGGCCUCUUCACUUUCUAUGUCCAACUCUCUUUCUCUUACCUAUUCUUUCUCUGUCCUUCCAUUUAUCAAUUCCAAUUGGUUACCAAUUAUUACACACAGUACUUCCUGGAUCGAACAGAGAGAGCUGGGGGGGGUAAAAAUAUAUUCAAGAAAAUUGGAAGGGCUAGUGCCUUGGUCUCCUAAAGAUAUGCAUCAAUAAGAAGUCAAGAGGACAUUGUGGAAGGAUGGUGGAGAUUCGAUGCAGGUGUUUGCUUAAAACCUGUGCUUAAUAGGAUACACUGACCAAUCAGGGAUCAGUUUGUAACAGCAUUUAACUCUCGCUGUGCGUUGUUGUAUGAGCUGUGUAGUACCCAUCAGCAACACCCAUUUUUGUGACUUGACAGUUCAUGUACUUGCAAAACAGGAGCCUGCAGUUAGCCUAAUUGUCUGGAUUGGAUACUGACUCAGAAAUCUAGGUUUUUAACCUACAGCAAAAUGUUUGCUUCAAAUCAAAGUGGUUAACAGUGCAUUCCUUGUGCUUUUAACUACAAAGCUCACUGUACACAAGUGUAAAUGUGAUUACUGACAACGCAGUCAGCCAGCAAGGAUCGCAAAGAUGCUUCUCAGAAUUUGCAGUCACAUAAAUGGGAUGCCAUUUCACACGAGUUUUACCAUAAAAGUAGUCGUAUAUGGUGUUGUAUACUCAAAGAAUCUUUGUCUCUGUAUGAUAGUCUGGAAUUUUAUAAAGACAAUUAUCUUUG